AUGGCGGAUGGCGCAAGCACGCAUGAUGAGACUGCACAAGUACCUGGACGUUCUGAACCGAGAUUGGAAGAACCAAAGGAGCAUUUCGAGAAUGCGUCCGCGAAUCAUGACACGACCGACCAGACACAUACCCGCGAUCCAGAAAAGACACCGCCACCCCCAGUAUCAUCACCAAACACCACCGACCCCUCACACCCAGAUAAAGCGAAGAGCACAGCAGAAGCCAUCGCGAAGGAAAAGUCCGCCGAUGACACAACCCCCGAAGACACAACCCCCUCCUCCGAAUCGCAAUACCUCCACGGCCCCAAACUCGCCAUCCUAACCCUCGGCCUCUGCCUAACCACCUUCGUAAUCGCCCUCGACAACACCAUAAUCGCAACCGCAAUCCCCCGCAUCACCACCGUCUUCAACAGCCUCGAAGAUGUAGGCUGGUACGGAUCCUCCUACCUCCUCACCACCACAUCCCUCCAGCCCUCUUUCGGGAAAGUCCACAUCUUCUACCUCCCCUUCUACUUCCAAGCCAUCAAAGGCACCUCCGCCGAAGAAUCCGGCAUCCGCACCAUCGCCUACCUCGUCAGCAUAACCGUGUCCUCCAUCGUCAUCGGCGGCCUCAUCACCCUCGUCGGCUGGUACGCCCCCUUCAUGUGGUUCGGCAGCGCCAUCUUCGCCAUCGGCGCAGGCAUGUUGUACACCCUCACCGUCCACUCCCCGCCCGCCCAAUGUAUCGGCUACCAGAUCCUCGCGGGUAUCGGCGCAGGAGCCGGUGUACAAAUCCCGUUCGUCGCUGUGCAGGUUGUUACGAAUGAGAAGGAUAUGCCUACAGCCAAUGCGUGCGUUAUGUUUUUCAAUUCGCUGGGUGGCGCGCUUUCGAUUUCUAUUGCGCAGAACAUCUUUGUUAAUACGUUGGCGAAGGAGGUGCCGAGGUAUGCGCCGGGGUUUGAUGCGCGCAUCGUGGCGAAUGCUGGGGCGACGAAUUUGAGGAAUGUUGUGCCUGAGGAUCUGCUACCGGGAGUGUUGCAUGGGUACAACAACGCGAUCGUCACGGCUUUCAUAUUGGCGAUUGCGACGAGUAGUGUGGCGUUCUUUGUUAGUCUGGGUAUGGAGCAGAAGAGUGUCAAGGGGAAGAAGAUUAUGGCCGGUGGUGCGGCAUAG